AUGCCUUUUUAUGAUCCUUUUGGAUGUGGCGCUGCCGCUGCAGCAGCAGCCGCAGCGGCGGCCGCAGCAGCAGCAGCCGCAGCUGCCGCAUAUUCGCAAUCUUCGGGUUCAAGCACAACGACACCAGCCAUGGUUUCGAAAUCCAAUGGAGCAGGGAUCACUAACUCGGGAAUGGAAGGAAGUCAGCUGUCUUUGACAAACGGCGGUAAACCGGACAAUGCGCACGAUUAUCAUAAUCAACAUCACCAACACCAGAACCAACCUAGAGCUUUUGAUCCAUCCAAUACAUCACGACUAGAGGAAAUGAAUGUAUCCUCAACGGACUGGCGGACAGAAUCGAGAACUAGUCAAAGAUCCAACGCGAUCGGACUACGGAAAACCGAUGGGAAUCGAGCCGAAAACUAUGGUGGCAAACCAUUCGCCAGUGAUGUUCGAAAUGAAAUGGAUACUUUUGCUGCCUCUAGUGUAACCACUUCUCAUUCGAAUUUUUACGCCGCAGCAGCUGCCGCAGCAGCUAUGGCUGCUGCUGUGGCUUCUUGGAGUGGAUCUGCUUCUCCACAAACCACCACAACCACAACAAGCACCAGUCAAACACAUCAUCCUGCCACUCCACAACCUACGUUACAGAAGUCCCCAUCCAGCACGGCUCGACUAUCUAGUCCAGCUAGUGUUGGUGGAAGUCGAUCACGCACGCUCUCUGGGAGCGGUCCCCCGUCAGCACGUUCACCUGUCCACAGUUUACCACCAUCCUCACCCAAAUCGUCCAACAUGGCUAACGCUGCAGCGGCAGCUGCAGCUGCUGCUGCUGCUGCGGCUACGCUCUCUCCAGCCGCACUGUAUCCCCGUCGAGACCUGAGUCGGCCCUCCACAUCAAGCAAUUCCGCAGUGGCUAGUCCUUAUUCACCCAGCAUGUUCGCUGCUGCAGCCGCAGCUCAUAUGCAAUUGUUAUCAGCUGCUGCCGUGGCUGCCUCUUUCAGUUCGAACCUGUCCUCUGCAUCCUCACUCUCUUCGUCCCAUUCCAUGAGCAUUCCAAACAAUACAGGAAAUAACAACACUACAGGCCCUGGCUCAGUCCCAUUAUCCAGUAGUCAGUUGACGAGUACCGAUCUGGACGGUCCAAGAUCCCGUGACUCGUCUGCAUCCUCAUGGCAACAUCGGCAAGCUGCGGCUGCGAUGGCAGCCGCGGUAGCUGCCAGUGCAAUGAUGACCACAUCCGCUGCUUCUCCUGUUCCCACCACUAGACGUACCACUUCACCCAUGCUUUCCCCAAGCAUGUGGUAUCGUCGGGGUAGUGGUUUGAGCCGGGGCCGUGGUUCUCGAGGUGGAAAUCCGAAAUCACUAUCGCGGAUGGACGAUCUGAAUUUUGCCUCUUCUGCUGCUGAUGAUGAUCGGGGUGAAAUGAAACCGGACGAGGAAGUAACAGUUCGUGGUUCAGGAAAGCGAGGUGGAAGUAUGUUCUCCAAAGGAAUGCACAUCAAAAAGCCCUUGAAUGCAUUCAUGCUCUUCAUGAAAGAAAUGCGUGCACGGGUCCAGGAGGAGUGUACACUUAAGGAGUCGGCUGCAAUCAAUCAGGUGUUGGGGAAAAAGUGGCAUGAACUAACACGAGAGGAACAAACCAAAUACUAUGAAAUGGCACGUCGUGAGAAGGAAUUACAUCAGCAACUCUAUCCAAACUGGUCGGCGCGGGACAACUACGCCUAUCAUGCGCGACGAAGAAAACGUCGACGGCAUUUGUUGCAUCGUCACACCUUGCAUUCCCGCACAUCUAGAUAUUCGCGUCUGGGCUUGACCGCGAGGAUUCACAGUGACAGGAUGUUGAACAAUUCCGAUACAGCUGAGAUUGGUGGAUUGAAAGAACCGGGUUCUGCGCUAAUGGAAACCGAUCCAGGUUCAUGUGAGUCCACACCGGAACCGGGCUGUGCUCGACUGGAGAGAUCUGUAUCCCCGUUCUCAACUCACCUUUCCAAAGAGCUUCAUCGCCGAACACGGGGUAGGCGGCCUUCGUUGCCCCCAUUGAAAUCCAGCUCAAAUUCCAGUCUUUAUACUUCAUCCUCGUUGAAUAAGUUCACAGACGAUAGUGAGUCCCAGCGCCCGCACACACCAAACAGUCAACAGCCGUCGUAUCUUGGUGUAUCAUGUGGUUCCCCAUCAAAAGAACUGGAUGAUCCCAAAUCGGAAAGGCGUGCUGAUGGAUUGAGUCCUCCGUACUGUCGAUCAGCAUCCGUUGAACCGGAACCUCGUGGUCAUAGUCUCAGCGUCGUCAGUCGAUCAAGAUCUCCGGGUCAAACCGAAUCGUGGUCUACGGAACCAAUUGUCUCUUCACCUUCCAAUUCCUUGUGGAAGUCGCGAACGAUGUCUGGACGUGAGUUUCCAUUGACUGCGGUUCCCUCGUCUGUUUCUCCGGACCCGAUUCAAAGCAACAAAACGACCACUGAAGGAAUGACCAACAAUUCAAAUACAUCGAACGGUCCAUACACUCUGCAUUCAAUGGAUUAUGCACGAUCCUCAAUGGCGGGUUUGCGAGAGCGAGUUUUACCCACAUAUUCAAAGCCCCCGGAACUGUUUCCACCAAGAAUUGCGGCUGCUGCGGCUGCUAUGGCUGCUGCUUCUAUGAACAUGAACCCUUCAGUUCUUCAUGAAGGUAUCCCGUCACAUGCUUCUGGUCCCGGAACAGUUCCCCCUCAACCAGGUCCACCACAACCACCACCGCAUGUGCUUCCAUCCUACUAUCGACAUCCGUAUAUAGACUCAACCUGCACUAAAUCACUGGGUUACGGUCAUCCCGUACCGGGUGUAGGUUCCCAUGUUCCUCCAUUUGGUCCACCACGUUUGUUUGGUCCUCGACUCUCGAACCCGUCGAACGGUGGUCCAGCCGGUAUCGCCGAGCUUCUCGGUUCCGGACGCUUCGAUUAUGGUCCGCACACAGGCGCUGGUCGCCCCGGAUCCGGACCCAAUGCGUCCUCCUCAUCUCCGGGUACGGUGGCAGCUGUGGCCGCUGCAGCCGCAAUGGCAGCCAGCGAAUUAACUGGAGGAAGUUUAAAAAAGUGUCGAGCUCGAUUUGGCCUGGAACAUCAAAAUAUGUGGUGCAAACCGUGUCGCCGAAAGAAAAAGUGCAUUCGAUUCAUAUCGGAGUCUGAUGUGGAGGAAUUCCCUUUGGCCCCGUCACAUGCUUCUUCUCAAUCCGUGUUUGAUCCCAGUAUGCGAAUGGCUCAUCACCUCGUUCGCCACGGCUUUCCUGGUUUCAUGGACUCGUUUCCUGGUAGCAAUAGUGCAACUAAUGCCGGUGGGGGUGCCGGUACCGGAGUGCGCCCAUUUCAUCCACCUAUCGGAUUCCCUCCGUAUUCGUCCAGAUUUCCUGCAUUCUCUUCCGGCACGCUCUAUCCCGGUCUGACUCAUCCUGCCAGCCUAGGAGCUCAUUCCUCGUUACCUAUGCGUUCGAAACUUUCGUUUCCCAGUUCAGAUGGAUUUCCCCUUCCUCCAGGCUCGCUACAUCGAAACGGACCACCUUUGACGAACACAUUAUCUCCGCAGUCGCGACAUCCGCCGAGUAUGUUUGGUCAUGACGCUCCACCGCCGACAAUACGAGACCCCUACCAUUUGUCUCGAGGUGUCUCGUUCCCGUCAGAUGUCCCGACCAAACCUUUGGGUCGACCCAAUACUCAACUCUCCUGUCCUUCAGUUGGCCCAGAUUCACGUGCAAUAAACUACACGGAAAAAGUGGACGAUAUAGGUCGUGCUUGGAGAUCAAUGAAGCUUCCCAGUGUCCCCGACCCAACCUUUAAUCCCUGUGAGAAUACAUUCGAUUCCAAAUUGUUCAGCCCUCGUCCUGCGCAUCAGUCCGGCUCAGCGGCCGCCAUGCGAUCCGCAUCAAAUUCGCUCGGUUUUGCAGAACCAUGGUCACACACAAUUGGUCCACCUGCUCGCCCCGGUCCGGGUUUUGUGAAAAGCCCCUGCACCCCGACGGGCCCAUGCCGUGUUCCCGGUCCAGAACCAACCCCAAUGACCGAAAAUGAUACUACUUACUACAAGACGGAAAAUGCUACGGAUUUGUCACCUCAAUCACGCGUUUUGAAGUCAAUGAACGUCGGGGAAUCGGAAUAUUCUGGAGAUAGAGGAUCGCUAGAGACAGGUUCUCAACGGACAGACAUCAAUUCACACCGAACGGGGUCGAACAGCUUAACCUAUUCUAAUUUCUCCAGCACAGCCACCGAAUCUAUAGAUGCUCCACCCUGCAAACGAAUUUGUGAUUCUCCGGGAUCUGAGACGCCCAAAGUUCGCUCUUCUUCCACAAGUCCUUCCUUAGCGUGUCCUAUUCGCAAUUCGAUCGACGAGGGUGAUCGACGAAUACCGCGGACUCAGUCUCCGUCUGUGGCACUCAAUUUGAAACUAAACGAACCCGUUCGAUUUGGUGUGGCUGAGUUCAUGAGUAACACAUCAGUUACACAGCAGGCGACCACGUCGGAUUUAGCCAAUGGGGAGUCUGACACAGUCCUUGUGACCACAUACGGUUCAUCCGAAUUAUCUAACAGUCCUAUGGCAGGCAUGUCGUCCACAACUGCAUAG